AUGCCAGACCAAUCUACAAUCAAGAUGAACACAGAACCCAAUUCAAUUGAUCAACAAGACGGAUUUACUUUAUUAACAAGAAGUAGAGGAGGUAGUAUCAUGUCAACUACUCCAGACACUUCAGACUACGAGGAAGCAGACAAUUUAUCUACCCCAGAUAUAUCAACCGUCGAUGAAACAGAGUUUGAAGAAGAAACUUCUGACGAAGAGAACAAUGAAACAAACCAAUAUAACUUAUUAGAACUGAAUUAUAACCUUCAAUUCCCAGAUAUGUCCGGUACCAUUUCUAGAUUGUCACCUCCACCAGCAGAACCACAACCAGAGAGUUCUUUUGAUGAUUAUUAUGAAACUUACUCCUCGGAGUACAUCAAAUUUAUGAAUGGCCAACCAACAACUAACCACACAAUAACUCAUUUCAAGUCUGUCUUAUCAAAUAACGGCUUUAGUUAUUUACCAGAUAAUAAACCAAUCAGAGACUUGGGCCCUGGGCUUUAUUUCACUAGCAAAGAUGAUCAAUGUUUGAUUGCUUUUGCCAUUGGGGGUAACUGGAAACCACAGAAUGGGUCAUGUUUCAUAGGAAGUCACUGUGAUGCAAUUACCCUUAAACUUAAUCCCCGAGGUCUGAACCGUGAAAAGGUCAACGGGUAUGAACUUUUGGGCGUUGCUCCAUAUUCUGGACCGUUCAAUAAUCAGUGGUUGAAUAGAGAUUUGGGUAUUUCUGGUUCAGUAUUAAUUCGUGAUGAAAAAACUGGAAAAAUUUCUAGAAAAUUGAUAAACUCUACAGACCCAAUUGCUUUCAUACCACAAUUAGCCCCACAUUUUGGGUUGGGUGAUAAGAAAUACAACCCACAGACUCAAAUGGUUCCGAUUUGUGGAUUUUCAACUAGUGAAGAAGAAGAAGAAGAAGAAUUAUCUGCUACCGAAGAAGAGAAAAACAGUAAAUUCUAUAAACGUCAUUCAUUGUCUUUAUUAAGAUACAUUACAAAUUUAGCCAAAGUGCCACUUUCUUCAAUUUUGGAUUUUGACUUAGAGCUUAUGGAUGUUCAACCAAGUCAUCGUGGUGGGUUGAGUAAUGAAUUCAUCUAUCUGAGUCGUUUAGAUGAUAGACUCUGUGCAUUUUCUUCAGUAUAUGGUUUGAUUGAGUUUACUCAGAGAUUUUAUUUGGACAAAGAUAUUGAAUCAUAUGAUGGAUUGACUGGGAUAUAUUUGGCAAAUAAUGAAGAGAUUGGAAGUGGAACUAGAACAGGUGCUAAAGGUGGUUUUUUGAUUGACGUUUUGAAAUCAAUAGUUAGUGAUAAAGUCAGAUACAACACAAUGGAGUCUAUAGCAAACUUAACAACCAAUACCGUGUUUUUAUCGACCGAUGUUACCCAUGCAUUGAAUCCUAAUUUUAAAAAUAUCUACUUGGAUAAGAACUUUCCAUUACCAAACACUGGUCCUUCUAUCAAGUUUGAUUCUAACUGUCAUGUUUUAAGCGAUUCGUUAGGUAACGAAUUUCUUACCCGUAUUAUUGAUAACCUAUCGGGGAUUAAAUUACAACAUUUCCAUAUAAGAAAUGAUUCACGUUCUGGUGGUACUAUUGGCCCUAUAAUGUCUGACUCACUAAGAGGAAUCAACGGGGCUAAAUUGAUAAUUGAUGUUGGUUUACCCAUUUUAAGUAUGCAUUCAAUUAGAGGAAUAGCAGGAUAUAAAGAUCCAGGAAUCGGUGUUAGAUUCUUUAAGGAGGUUUUUGAAACUUGGCAAAAGACUAUUAAUGAAAUGGAGAAUGGUAAGUAG